UCUACCUGUUUGAUUUGUUUAUUCCGGUAUGUAACUCUCUACAUGUGGGUUUGAGGGGAGGUGUGUGUCCGGUGUGGUAGGAAGGAGGUACGUAUUGGAGAGGGAGUGUUGGGUGUGGAGGUUUUAAUUUUCAGGUUGGAUGUUCCUGUGUGUCAGGUAGGAGUUGCUUAUUUGAUGUUUUUCCGUUCCGAUGGGAUUUGUAUCUGUGGUAGGAGGGAGUUGACUAUUACUAGAGAGUGUUGGGUCUGAAGGGUGUAAUUUCUAGUUGGGCAGGGUAUUCUACCUAUCUGAUAGUAUUUGUCUGUCGGAUAGGAAUGAGGUGUCUAUUUGAUAGAGGGGAUUGGUUGUUGAGGUUGUAAUUUCUGGUUUUGUAGGUGUGUUUUACCUUAAGUGGUAUUACUUACCUGUGGGAUAGGAAGGAGGUGCCUAUUGGAUAGAGGGGGUUGGGUGUUAAGGUUGUAAUUUUUGGUUAUGUAGGUGUGUUCUACCUACGUGAUAAUACUUACCUGUUUGAUAGGAAAGAGGUGCCUAUUCAAUAGAGGGGGUCAGGUGUUGAGGUUGUAAUUUCUGGUUAUGCAGGUGUGUUCUACCUACGUGUGAAGACUUCAUGUGUGAUAGGAAUAACUGAUUGUGUGUAAUGUAUCCUGUGGUCAAAAUGUUGUUUUAUAUCAUGUAUUGGCUUAUGAAUCCACCAAAUGGACAAUAAAGUUGCCGAAUUUGAUAUGUGUAUGUGAUUUUGAGAUUUUAAAACAAAUUGGUUACUGAUUGUAAUUGUUGUUAAAUUGGACAUAAGAGUUUGUUUGGUCUGCAAGUGCUUACACUUGAGUCAAUAUAUCCCUUAGGAUUUAGUCCAUUAUUGUAAUGAUUUUCGUUGUUGGUAUUUAAUGUUCAAGAGGGUUUACCUGAUUUUAUUUUUACAUUUUCACAGAUAUUACAAGUCUUUGAUGGCAAAAGAGUUCUCCCACCUAGAGUUUAGGUGUGACCUUCUCAAGUUUGGGCGACUUAUGACUCAUGAGUUAAGGGCGGACAUUACUGUUAAUAAGCUUCAACUGAUGGGAACCACACCAUUUAGUAGUUUGUUUGGAGCUUUUUUUGAGGGGAAAAUAAUAGAGUCUGCUUGUAGGAAAUCUGACAUGGACAUUGUUGCAAUUCUGAAAUGUUUUGACAAGAAAGAACAUACUUUCCAGUUUGGGGAUAUUAAGGCUAUGAUAUCAGCUAAUGACAUUGCAGAACUGUUUGGUUUAAAUGUUGAAGGCCGUGAGAUAAAUCUUAACCAGAAGAAGAGAAAGGGGGAUGCAGGGUUCAUAAAUAGACUAUUCCCUGAUCAAAAGAGGUUAUCAAAGGUGAUUCUAGAGAAGAAGAUAAGAGAUGUAGCAAAGUUGAGAGGGGCGGAGGAUGAGCACGAUUUUGUUAGGUUGAUUUGUCUCUAUUUUUGUGUUACACUAUUUUUCUGCAAUAGUGGUAAUGAUCUCAGUUGGUUCAUUGUACCAUACAUAGAGGAUCUUGAAUCAAUGUCAAGUUAUGCUUGGGCGCGUGCAGUUAAAAAUUACUUAGACAAUUCACUGAUAAGUAUGUAUGGUCGUCCAGAGAGUGCUUGUGGGUGUCUCAUUGCUCUGUUGUUUUGGUUUUGCGAGCGUACUGGGUUUAUUGAACCAAUUAAAGGAAGGGAUGAACUGCAGCCGAAAUUCUUAAAAUGGAAUUUACUUGAAUUGUAUGGUAGGAUGAAGGUUGUAGAUAUGCGUCAGCUUAAGGAAAUUGUGCGACAACAGCCCCUCAGUGUUGGUGAAACACCUAGGAGUGAGAAGAGUGAGUUUGCAAUUACUUGUACAGAAGAAGUUGAGUCCAAGGAGCAUGAUGACACCAAUGAGAUGUCUCGGUUGUUACCAACACAUAGGUAUUCAUAUGCUGGUGGGGCGGGACAGACAGACACAAAGAUGGAUGCCACUAAAAUGGAGAAAAGGAUUGAAGAGCUGGUUGGUUUGCUUGAAGCUGAACAAGCUAAGAAUAAGAGUCUUCGCUGUGAGAAUGAGAUAUUGCAGGCAGAGGUUCAUAGGCUUCAUCCGGGAAAAGUAGUGGUUGACAAUGAAAGUCAGACAAGGAACUUGAGGUCUCGGGCGAAGUGUAAAGAACCCUCUUUUCAGGUGGACUACAUCACCAGCAAGUCGAAGAAGGGAAAAGAAAAGGUUGAUUUUGUAAAGAAGGAUGAUGGUCACAUUGCUGAAAAUUCACCCUCCAAGAAAACAAGUAUACCAUCGGUGGAUGGAAACAUAGGGGUGAGAAGGCUACGAGUUGGUAAACAUAUGACAGUACAUGAUGCACAGAAGUUGAAGGAUUAUUUGGCCAAAGGAGAGAGCGGGUUGCCACUGUGGCGUGGAGAAAAGGCCCUAGUGGGAUACAAGGAUGCAAAAGCUAUCUUGAAUGAGGAUGUUGUUAGUGUGCAGGCUAUGGAUUCUUAUCUUGAAAUUCUGAGUAAGCAACAACUAGAGGAGGGUGACCCUCUACCCCUCUUUAUGCCCACUUUUGAUUGGGAAGAUAUGAAUGGUGGAGAUAAAACACGAGGAGUUGAAGCUUACUGUGAACCAUUCUUCGAUAAUGUCGUCACUAAGGACAUGAUAUUUAUCCCAAUUAUACACAGGAAGCCUGAGCAGUUUACAUUGUUAGUCCUAAACAAAGAAUUCGAGCGUUGGGAACAUUACAACACUCAAAAGCCACAUCAAACAACAUCAAUGGACCAGUGCUUUGAAGAUGCAACAAAAUUGCAUGUUGAGAUCUCAAAACACCUGGUAUUUUUGAAAAACAAUGGGGAGUCAAUACUUGAGAAAAAGAUGAUAUGGAAACACGUGAAAAGGGGACGAGAGAUGAAGCAUUAUAUGUACAAGGUUUCAGCCAAAGACUGUGCCUUGCUUACUUGGUUGGGAAGCAAUAAUCUUGAGCAAUAUCGUAUAGUUUCAAUGAAGUAUCAUCCAAAACAUGAACCUCCCAGUGUGGACAGUGGGAUUGCCGUGAUAUACAUUAUAAAGAAAUUGUUGGAAGGUGCUGAACUGGAGACUACCUUUAGCAAAGGUUUUAUGGCCGAGCUUAGGGCACAUGUAUUGGGGAUGAUCUUGAAUGACAGGAAAUGAUGGAUAGGUUCAUCUAUGUGAUUGGAGUUUGUGAGGGACGCAGAUGACUUUCAAUUGCUUGUUCUUUUUUUCUUUUUUGUCGUACUGUUCUUCUAUCUUUGGGAUUGUGGCAUUACGUGUGUUGAAAUAAAUGUGUGGCUUUUGUAUCCAAAAAAAUAAAAAUAAAAUGUGACUUUGGCAAUUAUAAUGAGUUGUUAUAAUUGUAAGGUUGAGAAUCAUGGUGAUGUCUAUGCGGUUGUCGUUGCAUUUAGUUGAAGGUGUUAAUAGUUGAGAAUGUUGGGUAUCUUGUGAGGGGGAUAGGGUGAGUGAAGAACAUUGCAAGGUAGGCAUUGUAAACUGGUUUUCAGGUAGUGUGUAUCUGAUUGCCAGGUUAGUGUGGUUUUCCCCCAAACUUACAUAUCCCUGAAGGUUGGUUACUGUAAACUGGUUUUCAUGGAAUUUGUACCCCGAUUGGUAUGUUAUUCCAAAGAUUUUCAUGCUUUCAUGUAAAUAAGGACAUGAUUCUGAAGGUUAGUUACUAUAAUUUGGGUGCCA